AUGUGCAUUUGGCCACUACUGACUUUAAAUCUCGAGGCCAAAGCAUCAAUUAGAUCUGAAACACUUGGGCCAGCCUCGAGGCACUUCAUAACCGACUCCCAUUUUAACUCAGACUCGGAGUUGCAGCCAUCAACUAAAUUUGAAGACUCCCUCAAAGUAACGAUCGAAAGAGCCAGAACUUAUUCAACGACUCAGAGAUGCCUCAUUGGAGUAGCAGCUACUCAGGCCACCCUGAGGAGCAUUUGCAAAGUCAUAGUGAUGGUCCAAGUGCCCCAUCAAGCUCCUUACCACCGCCUCAACCGUUGCAACGGGACACAGUCUCAAUCAGAGCUGACAGAUGGUAGCCAGUGUCAGUAUGGCGUUGUAGCGCCCAAUACUUCCCAUGUGCAAGAUACUCAUGCAGCCACUGGUAGUCACCACCAGCAUGAGACUUUUGAUAUUGGGUCAGCGCCCAAUGCGGCUGCCUACCCUAACUGUUGUACUCCGCACUCGCAGGAUCCUGCAGGUGGCUUCUACUUAAUCCUUCUGCAGUUGGAGCUAAGCUAUCCUGGUAUUAUAGCACCCAAUACUUUCCAAUUGCAAGAUCCCGCGAGUAGCAGCUACCCAACUUUGGCAUCACAAUUACAGGUUUCUACAGGCAGCACUUUGGUCACCCCAUUUCAGACCACACAUACAUUGGGAAUUUCCCAUGGUGCAGGGGUGUCAGGGGUCCUAUUAUGA